AAAGGAUAUACAUUUUGGGCGAAAUGUGCAACAGGUAGGCGUUCAUCUCUUCCAUAGAAUUGUCAGGAUAUUAGCGAGCGUUGUCUGCUACGCUAGAAUCACUAUAAAUAUCAUGCAUAUUUCUCCUUUGAUUUCAUUCGGUUUUGCAACAUUGACAACAACACAACUCGUGACAUUGGUAAAGAACUCAAAAUAGUGUCAACAACUUAAAACUUACACCGGCAACGCGUUUGGAAAAUUUUCGCCGCAACACAGGCAAAUUUAGUGCACCAACACAAAGGCAAAUUUGUAAAAACAAAAUUUUCACGAAAAUUUAAAAAAUGUUCCGGUCACCAUUUAUUGAGAUAGAACUCUCCUACGGUGGUAGUUUGAAGCCAUCUCCCGAAGGCGAAAACGAAACGUCUACACGUAUUCGCACAGCACGAGUGAUCUGUCUACAUCGGUUUGUAGUCAACUCUCCAGAAGUGGACAUAUUUUAUAAUUUUACUUCAUGGCAAUUGAUCGAUGGCAAGUGUACAUCUUUUUAUUUCUUUUGUCCAUGCGAUUGUGGACUUUUAGUUGAAGAUGUUAUGACACUGCACCGCCCGAUAUCGGUUCAAAUCAAAACUACGAAUCUUCUACCAGCUGGAGAUAUACCAAGGGAUUUGGUUGAGCUUGAAUUAGAAUUGAAUCAACGUAUUCGGAAGGCUCAAGCCUAUGUAAGUGGACUAAGUAUGGAAGAGGCACGACAACUGGACGCCUCGUCGCAUUUAUUACGUGCAGUGAAUAUACCAGCAAUAGGCCAAAUGGCUGCAGAGCAUAACCAGCAGCUGCCUCGUACAAUCUUCCUGAACUAUUCAUGUGACUUGCCAUAUCAUGUAAUACCUAUAAUAGAUGCUUUAGAAAUACCGCCAAUAACAGACGUCGCAAGACUACAAUUAUCACUACAAGACGAUGAAAUUUCUUCAAGUUCAGACGUGGUAGAAACACAUUUACGUGGACAUCGUGCUCAAAGAUUAAUUCAUAAAAGAAUUAUUGUGCAAUCGGAGAUAAUAACUACGACUACUACAAUUGAAGAAUGUGACGUGGGCGAAGUUGACGAUGCAGAAGAUGGAGCAGAUGGGGAAGAUAGCGGAGAUGAAGAACAUGAAGAAGAUGAAGAAGACGGGGAUGAUGGGGAUGAUGCUGACGACGGACCCCAAGAACAAUAAUUCGAUAACGAAGCGGAAGCGGAAGCAGAUUAUAUACAAAGGAAAUUCAUGAGAAGAUGAGCGACUCCUUUCUACAUAACCAAAAAA